AAUGCGCAGAAGGAUUGUUUUCGAGAAUGGCGGUAAAUUUUGAACUGUUGCACAGUGAAAGACGGUUCCGAUUGAACUUGGAAAGCAUUAUCCGAAAGUACAAUAGACCUUUUCAUGAUGAUGAUGAAUUAGACCUUUCAAAUUUUGAAGUUGUCUCGGAUAAUGGAAAGCUUGAACACAUUGAGCCACGAUACUUUGGGGCCUCUAGAUUGCAAAUCACAAAACGAAGAGAUCGGUCAAGUGAUUCAGCAUACGGAACUGCUUCUUCUGCCUCUGCUUGUGAUGGGGAUGAUGAUCAGCUGUCAAGGCAGGACCAGUAUGUGUCCUACAACAACCAGAGUGUGCGCAGUACCCUGGAGGAUGAGUCCUGGAUGAUCAGGUACACAGCUUCUGAGAAGUCUGCAAACAUCACAGCUAUUGAAGAGAUCAGAGAGGCUGUGGCAAAGGAAAGUGCAGAAGAGGAUGUAGAUGAAACGAGUGAUGCAGACACCAUUACUGAAGACUCCAGUUACUUUUCCAGUGGUUCAGAGAGUGAUGUGGCCUGUAAUGACGAGAUCGAGGAAAGUGACGGCAAUGAUGCUGAUCUGGACACAGAAGAGGACCCCAAAGACACAAUGAGCAAACGAACUACCGAGAAGAGCAGGUCUUAUGACGCCGACAUUGACACUGACUCUACUGCCACGUCACAAAUGCCCCCGUCUUCUGCAAGGGCUAAUCCAAAAACCAACCCACUUCUAGAGCUCCUGUUCAAAGGAGGAAAAGUAACCCAGAAUAACGGUUCUCCUUCAAAUGCUUGUCAGGCGGCACUAAAAGCUGUUGGGAAACAUUCUCUUGACUUUACUGGGGUGAAAUUAAAACCUGUCCAAGGAAACAAUGACGUGGUUAUUCCAAGCUCACCAGAGAGUGAAGAAGAUGAAAUUAUUACUCUAGAUUAUGAUAGUGGCAGACCCUCAGAUUGCCCUUUAAACACAACGUAUGUUGUUAAAGCAGGACAAGACCCUGCUCAGCAGCAGCCUGCCCAUGACAGUGACAGAGUUGUUAGCGGUGUGAAUUGUAGAAAGGUAAACCUUAAGGAGGAACCAUCGACAGGGGAGAGUCGAAAGAGUGUGGACAAUGGUCAUGAUACAACUCUGAUUCAGCUUGGUAACAUAACGUUUGAUCCCGUCUUCAAUUCCACCAGGAAUGACAUGGACCCCUCCACUAUCAUAACGUCUACGCACACAUCCGGACACCAUGGCCUAUUUUUUCAGAAGUCUGCUGUAACAAAUUCCGGGAGGAGGCUGGUUUCUCCGCUUAGUAGAAGUAAAGCUACACCAAAGACUAGCUCGUCCAGUGGAACCCAAUCCAAAUGCCACCCACCCAAAAGUAAAUCAGUUAAUGUAGAUCUGUUUAUGUCGAAGACCAGUUUUUCUAGCGAGAAGUUGGAAGAGAUUGUACCGAUUAAAGAAAACAUGGUUGAAGACAAAACGGCUGACAUUCAGUCUGUUGCUAAACAACAGAAUUCACAGACUGGUCAACAACACUUGGAACAACUUCACAUUAUCAAGCGAGCCUCCAAUACAAGCCUAGACUAUACCGUCCUAAGGUCUUCGGAGAACUCUGUUGCAUCAUCAGGCAGUCCAGCAUCAUUUCUGACAAGCAAAAGUAAUCAGUCUAAAGUGAAGGAGACUGGAGCACGAUGGAUGGAAAACAGCCCUCGUGACCUUGUGACAUCAGCAACUCAUGAAUCACGGUCAGCUGUCUUAAAGACACCAGAUCUUCUUAAAUUUAAAAAGCUUAGUCUAAAUUCAAAAAAUGGCCCAGUGUCCUCUCUUACAUAUAACCAUUCGGUUGAUAAUACCAGUGAAAGGUCCAUCUCUCACAGUUCUGAAACGGUCUGCACGGAUAUUCAGAAACAGUUUGAUAACCUCUUCUAUCAAAGCAGGCCUCCUGACGAAAUUGCUGCUUUACUGUCUCCUAUGCCCAUCAUUGUGGCGAGAAAGGGGGGCCUCAUGACUCCCAUUCACAGAAAAGAUGCAUCUCCCGCUACUGUUCUGUCGCAUUUGAAAAACGUGUACUUAAAGUCUCCUCUUGAGACUGGAAAGACCGCCGGUAAGUUUUCUCAUCCCACUGAGAUGCAAAGCAAGAGUCAGUCCGGGGUGUCAAGAAGGUUAGGGCAAAAAGAGGUAGAAUUUAGCAGUGAUACAGUUCAUGAUGCUACUAAGGCACGGCUUCAAGUCCGUUCCGCAUUACCGAAGCUUGUCACCCAUACCAGCAGAGGUUUGAGAGAUCACAGCUGUAUCUCUGAUUUGACGCCCAGUUUGACCCCACCCAAAAAGUCUCCUGUAAGUAACUCCAUGGGGUUAACAAAACGCGCUACCAGCACACCACGUGGGAAGCACCUGAAGAACUCCACCUUUGACUGUGGUAUAUCUACCAUUGAAGUAAAUGACGCUCAGAAUUACAAAGAACAGCAGAUUCCUUCAAAUCCCAUGGAAUGCCUUCAAAUAAACUGUCUAAGAAGUCCUGUCAGCAGUUUGAAUAAACAAGCUAAAAACAAAAAUGAGCACGAUUCCUGUACAGUCCUCAAGAAGCGCUGUUCUUCUCCGCAGCCAAGACGAAGAAAAGAACGAAUUUGGGGUCCGGAGAAAGAUGAAUACCAUGCAGAGAUUCGACCUUUAAAGAAAAGAGAGCCAGACGACGACAUUGAAGGUUUUGACUUCAGGCAGUUAUCGAAUGUUCGUCUUUCCUCUGAAAAUCACGACACGAAGGAAAAACGUCUGAAGUUGAAGGAAAAGGGAGUUCCUAGACGCGAGAAAUCUUCCGUCUCGCAAGCGACAAUGUACAGUCCAGAUGACUCACCACAAACAACGAAUGGCAUGACCUCCCCUCGUAAAGUUUCGGUCCGUAAGAAAAUCCACAAGAAAAAUGAAAUCGAUCGUAUAUACGAAUUGAAUUCUGACGAAUCGGAUGAUAUGUCUUGUCGACCAUUAUCCGGAAACAGUGGAAUGACGUUUUCUGAUGAUUCAGAAGGUAGUAGUGCAUCGUCUCACAGCUCGCCUGAAAACUCUUUCGAACGGCGUAUAAAGAAGUUACGCUCUCGCAACCGAGAAAGCGUUCCGGCCAGAAAAAGCUUAGCGGGAGCUUUCCGUGUUGUUAUUUCAAGCAGCGGAAGCGGUUACAAUACGGAGCUGAAAACAAAACGACCUGCCGUCAAAAUAAAGCAAUCGCCAGUAUCCUCCAAGCGACGUUUAUCAUCAGAGGAUGAAGAUUCUGAAUUCUCGGACUUGAAUCCAGUUCCUAAAAAGCAACGCAGUGUGAGAAAGAUGUACCGUGCCACAUCAAACAAUAACUCGCCUAAUACAACCGUAGGAUGCGGCGGUCCUGGGAAAUGUAAAAAGUUCUUCUGUUUUGAUUGUAGUGAUAUUUCGUGAAUCAUCCCAAUUUGCGUUUGUGGUAAAUGGGUUAUAUCUCACAGAAUGAAUUAAAUUAAGAUUUAUUUUUUCUAUACAGGAUUAAGUGCAUGAAGUAAAGUAGCAGCAGUUGUGCAGCUCACAUAUAUUUAUAGUUUUCUUGUGUUUAUAUUGUUUAUAGCUUUGCAUAACUCUGGAGCAUGGGGUGCAGAUUUUGUUGCAUGUCGCACUCCGCUUGUUGGUCUAUAUAGAAUCUGGAUUUGUACCACAGUGCCACAAAAUCGCCUGAUUUUUACUGCAUAUGCUCUCAGUAUAUUUGCAGCAAUCACUCGCAUGGUUAAUGUAUCAUUUUGUAAAGUUGUGCCUAGGUUUUUAUCAUAACUCACUUAAAAGUAUCGAAAUCUUGCAGUGGUUUCUCCAUGACCUAUAUAGGCAGUUAUUCAUCGAUGUAAUAGAGGCAAACAGAAAAGAUGCCAUGCUUUUCCAAGUAAGCAUCAUGGAGUUGUGAAACUCAAAAUGUUUAUUUGGCUGGGGUCAAGAAUAUUUCAGGAAAACGCGGAUCACGUGGUGGAAAUUGGACAGAGCUCGGCCAUGUAUUUGAUACAGGUCCUGCAUGACAUAAAGCCGGUGAUAUGCUAAAGGUAGACAAUCUGCUCGCUGACUAACGUUAAGGUGUUCUAUAUAGCUCCCACUUGCAUUGUCACCCACGGCUUAGUGGGAAGAACUGCCAUAUUCCUCGUGAUGUUGGUCAAGUUUCCUGUUGCCUUGAUAACUUUGAUUGAAUGGCAUAAUUUGAUUGAAUGGCAUUGAGCAUAAAGAAAGACAAACUCGAGGAAUUCCACAUGUGCUGAAUAAAAUAUGAACAGAUAAGGGCAUAUAUAACCAGUGUCGACAUAUUGGAAAGGUUGAACAGAAUUGAUGGACUUUAUGGGCACAUUCAAAAUUUAGUGUAGGUAUGUUACAUAUUUGCUAGUGGUAAACUUUAAAGUUUAUCUCCACAAGAAAAAUAGAGGUUUGCCUAAUUGUUAUA